AAUGGAUGCAACAACCACACUGGAACGAGCGACGGAACUGAUCAAAUGUUGUAAGGUACCACGGUUACACACCAGCAUUGAGGAAGGCCCACUAGAACGGGCCACCUUUGAGCACUUCCUGCACGUGCUGGAUGGAACGCUUCCACUGGUGUUCGAUCUGCUGGCCCAGCACGGUACUUUACUUACCGGUUACGAUGCGUACAACGAGGACAAUAACGUCGAGUUCAAAGCUGGAUUGGCACUUGUGAUAGCGGAGCAGUACAGUGGCGAUGAUGCAUCAUCGGUUGGAGGGUGCCAUGGGGAGGAGUAUCGCACCGGCAAGGCGUCAUUGCAGAAACGUAUCGCACAGUUCUACCAGGGCUACGAACUGGAGCAACUGUUGACUGACAAGGGCAGCGAUCGGGUUUGGCAUCACUUGUACGACCAUUAUCGGCGGGUGCUGUCGGUGAAUGAGUGGAAAUAUCAUCCGGCCGAUGUUAAGGGAUUUGUACAGUUGGUGGAGCUUCUGUACGGCCCCUAUCCGCUAACAGUAAGCCCACCGGUGCUGACUGAUGACGCAGCGGCAUACAUUCUGUCGGUGGGCAUUACGUUGGUGGAGUUUUUCGAGCCCACCUAUCAGCUGAUGGGAUUGCGAUUAUUUUGCGUGUUGUUGGGACCAAGGCAUCGACCCGUGAUGCGCCGGACAAACGUUCACCGUGUGGUGUACAGCAAUGCGAAGAAGCUGACCAACAAAUGUGAUCAGGAACUGUUUCUGGAAGCUCUGUGGAAAUGCAUUUAUCUGUACGUGGAGUUGGAGGAAGUGGAUAGGCAAGAUUUUACACAGUGGAACACCGUCGAUGACAUUAUGGACGUUUUAUUAAAUGGGCUCACGUUCCAAACGAAACUAAGCAUGUCCAGCAUCUAUUUGCUGUACCUGCUGAAGCUGCUCGCUCUAGAUCUGCCCAACUACAUCAUCGAUGGGCUCGACGAGAUACAAUCGAUCGACAGAAAGUGUCACCUGUACGAACCGGUUUGCGAGCAGCUCCGGCAGGACUGUCUAGGUGGAUUCCACAACCGACGGUACUACCGCUGGCUGCAUCAGAUCGUUCAACUGCUACCACACGAAGCCGUUAAAUGUCAGGGUACUUCGAGGGACAAUGGUAGAUAUUGUCAUGGUGUGAAUCUACUCUUCAUACUAGUCACGUUCCCGGUGGAAUCGGAAGCGCUACGACCAAGCCAUUUAGGGAUGCAGACGAGUCUGGUCGAGUUUAUCAACGUGUUCAAGCAGUAUGAGCAGCAACAAAGUUCUCUCGCAGCCAAAAGAUCCAGCGCAUCGAGUGACUUCGUGUACAACACCAAAGCGCUGGUGUCGGUUAGCAAAACGAUGUUGGUUUUUCUCACCUCCCUUGCACCCCAUUACUUUCCUGAUCAUCCUGCCAUGGCAACGCUCGGAAAGAAGCUUGCGGACGAUUAUGCAGACUGUGAUUCCAUUAUGUAUAACUGUAUGCAGAGUUUGAUUGAAAAGUUGCGAUAAGAGA